UAGGUAAUUUAUCCAACCGUGACACUUUCCCUCGAUUUUCAGGCUUCAUUGCCCUGAUGGGAUGACCUUGACCCCGGUGGUACCAUUUGGAAUUGCAGGCACAGAAGUCUGGAAGCGGAGUGCCCAUGACCUUUGAGUGGAACACCUGACGCUGGCCAGGAGCCGUGGCGAAGAUUGGGGGUGGGAUGGAAGGGAGACAGCCUGUCGCCACUGAUCCGGGAAACGAGCAGUGCGCAUGUCAGCAGAUGGAUAUAAGGAUGGUGAGAGCAGCUGCAGCAAUACUCGACGCCUCCACAGUCCAUGUCCAAUCACCCCUACACCAGCAAGACACCAGCGAACAACGCCGACCACCGCAAGACAACCCGACCCUGAGGGACACUGACCACAAAGACACUGAGCCAACCAGACUCCAACGGCUCUACUGACAACAAGGUUCAAGUCUAGUCGUAUCCAGUAUAGUGACUCACUGAUCCCUUCUCCACCCGUCUGUCCACCCUUCCUGAGCACAGGUCUUUGGGGAUCUCGUUACCUUCCAGCCACAGGAGCUCCUGAUGGACUUCUUGCUGGAUCUUGACCUCGGCUCACUUCUCACAUACGGUUUGUGCGCCGCAGCGAUGGCGGCGUUGUUCUGGUUGUCGACGUCGAUGAUGCCCAACACCAAGUUUGAUCACAGCAGCAGCACCACCAAGAGUCGGGGUCGCCCACAGCUGCCUCCUGGCCCUACAGGCUUGGCGGGACUGGUGAAGUUUUUCCGAGGACUCAAUAAGUUCGAGCUGCACCUGACGGCCACGGAGUGGGCCAAGCAGUACGGCGAGAUCGUCGCCUGCAACAUUUUAGGGCAGAACAUCAUCUUCCUCAACUCGGCUGACAUCUCCGUCGGGUCUUCGGAGAGGAGUUUGGUGAAGUCUGUUCUGACAGGCCUCGAACCUUCUCCGGCAAGUACAUCUUCUUCAACUGCCAGGACGCCUGCAUGUCGCCCUACAACAGCGACACCAAGCGCAUGCGCAAAGCGCUACAUGCGUCCUUGCGUUUCUAUGGCGACGGCGUGCAGCAGUUCGAGCAAACGGUGCACAGCGAGAUCGACCACGUGAUCGCCAGACUGCACGGAACGCAUGACGCUGUCUCGGGGCAGGACUUCGAGAAUCUCGUGUCAGAUUCGAUCCUCAGCGUGAUCCACAUUCUCCUAACCGGAAGUCGUCCAGAGGAGGGGGAUCCAAACGUACUCAACAUGCGAGAGUUCGACCACUGGUUCUCGGCCCUGCUGACCCCUGACAUCGACAUCCUGCUGCAGGUGGCGCCCUGGCUCCGACUCUUCCCGUGCCGCGCUGGCCAUCUGUGGUCACUCGCGGAUGGCUACAAGAAAAAAUUCCUGGACUACUAUUUCCAUCACAUGAAGAAGACGCAAAGCCCUGGCGACCAGCGAGGGUUGGUUAAUGUUCUGUUGGCUCAGCAGCAGUCGGACACCGACCAGUGGCUCAGCGACGAACGCAUUCAGUGUCUUCUGCUCAACAUCGUCACGGGAGCGUAUUUGACAACAAGAAGCUCUCUGCUUGGUUGUCUCCUGUUUCUCCUGCAUUAUCCAGACGUCCAAAAACGUGUACAGAAGGAAAUCGAUGAGGUCAUAGGUGAAAGGAAAUGCCGCUUUGGGACAAACUGCGCAUGCCUUACCUGGAUGCUGUUGUCAUGGAAACUUUACGCAUUCUUAGUCAGGGUUCGCUGGGCAUUCCAAGAUGCAACCGAGAGGAGAUCACGGUCAACGGCUACACGAUUCCCAAGAACUCCACGCUGUUUUGCAAUAUGUGGCACAUUCAUCAUGACGACAAGCAGUGGGGCGACCCCUGGACCUUCCGACCGGAAAGGUUUCUGGACGACCAAGGGCAGCCACUCUCAGCUACGCAUCCUGUUCGACUAAAGUUCGCCGCCUUCGGUCUGGGGAGACGUCACUGUCCGGGGGACAGCUUUGCGCGUGCGCGGCUCUUCAUGUACCUUGUCACCUUGCUCCAGAAUUUCGAUUUCUGCUCCCCACCCGGGGUUUCUCCACCCCCGUAUGCUCCUGGUUUUAUUCAGACUGCCGUUAUCCUGCAAGCCGCCAUCGUACUCUGUGCAGGUGAUACGAAGGAAAAGCUAGAUGAACAAACAGACAAUGGAGGGAAUGCGGAAAGAGUGAACUCCACAUUAAAACUUAUUUUUAAUUUGAUUAGAGUUACAGACUACGCAUGUCCAUAAAAUUACAUCUGCACAUGCAACUCACGCAUGCAUGUACUCGAACACACACACAGACACACACAUGAAGUCGAACAUAUACAAACAUUCAUCUCUAUCUUCCUUGGUCUUAGUCCCAGUGGAUUAUUGAAAAAAAAAUCCCAAAGCUUUUGUCUGAUAUUCAAACAUUCUAAUGUCAAAGUUCGUUUGAAAUGGACUCCACGAUUGUUACUAGCAAACUAUCUGAAGGCAAAAUUUUAUAUUCUUGCUCACAUGAUUGCCGAGUUGUAUGUAAAUAUAUUUAAGCAUAUUUAAAUAGACACGUUUUGUAACUUUU